AGACUAGAGAAAAAGAGCAGACAUUCCUGGUGUUAUUGACGCUGUAACGGUUUCUAAUCUGUCCGGAGGAAGUCUGGAUCAGUCUGUAGAGAAGAAAGAAGAAACGACCAGCCUUCAGCCACAGUCUGAGCUGACACGGAGACUUACGGUUAACGAGAUUUUAUAGAUCAGAGUUUAGAUCAGGGACUUUACCAGGGACUGGUCCCUUUAACCAGGACCGUCUGAUCCCCGAUCCAGAGCCUUUUCUUUCUCUGAGUCCUGGGUGAAAAUGUCUGAAGGCUUUCAGGGUCUUAAAGAUCUCUACAGAUGGAGGCUGCUGCACAGAUCAGUUCUUCCUGAGGAGAUCCAGCAGCUUUCAGAGCGUAAAGAAGAGGUUCCCCCAACGCAUCAGGAGAGGAGCACCAGUCCGAACCGUGAGAUCACUGAGCCCCUGCACAUUAAGGAAGAACCAGAGGAUCUAUGGAGCAGUCAGGAAGGAGAGCGGGUUCAAGGGCCAGACGGGGCUGACAUCAUCAAGUUCACUUUUGAUCCUGCCCAUGUGAAGAGUGAAGAUGACGAAGAGCAACCUCAGUCCUCACAGCUUCAGCACAGACAAGCUGAACAGAUGGAAACAGAAGCUGAUGGAGGAGCUGCCAAAUUCAGAAACUUUGAUCCAGAGAAAGAUUUACCACCAGAGACUGAAGUCAAGAUUGAAGAAUCUUCUGGCCCUGAUACUGAUAACAGUGAAGAUUGGGAGGAGCCAGCUGAACACCAGUCAGAGUUAGACUCAGCAGAAAACGUCAACAAUAAGAGGAUAAGGAAUGAUAAGAAAUCACAUAUCUGCUCUGUGUGUGGUAAAAGCUUUUACUAUGAAUCUCAUCUGAUGAUACAUAUGAGGAUUCACACAGGAGAGAAACCCUUCAGCUGCUCCAUGUGUGGUAAAUGUUUUAACCAUAAAAGUACUCUGACAGAACAUAUGAGAAUUCACUUUAGUGAGAGACCCUUCAGCUGCUCUGUGUGUGGUAAAAGUUUUAAACGUAAAGUGAGUUUGAAAAACCACAUGAAAACCCACUCAGGGGAGAGACCUUUCUGCUGCUCUGAGUGUGAUAAAAGGUUCAAACAUAAAGAUAAGCUUAUAAGACACAUGAGAAUUCACUCAGGAGAGAAACCUUUCACCUGCUCCGAGUGCGGUAAGAGUUUUCAACAUAAAUAUAUUCUUACAAGACAUAUGAGAAGUCAUUCAGGAGAGAAACCUUUCAGCUGCUCUGAGUGUGGUAAAAGUUUCACAUAUAAUGAGUGUCUCACAGAACAUCUGAAAACUCACACAGAAGAAAGAUCUUAUGGCUGCCUUGAAUGUGGAAAAACAUUUAAACAUAAAUGUAAUCUUUCAGAACAUAUGCGGAUUCACACAGGAGAGAAACCCUUCAGCUGCUCUGAGUGUGGCCAGUGUUUCAAACAUAAAAGCAAUCUUUCACAACAUAUGAGAAUCCACACGGGAGAGAAACCCUUCAGCUGCUCUGAGUGUGGUCAAAACUUUAAACAUAAAAGUAACCUUUCACAACACAUGAGAAUUCACACAGGAGAGAAACCCUUUGGCUGCCCUGUGUGUGGAAAAACAUUUAACCGUCAGCGUUCUCUGAACAAACACAUGAUGGUCCACAUCAAAGAAAAUGAAACAACCUGCUCUCAGUGCGGUGAAAAAUUUAGCUUGAAAGAUGAGCUGACACAACACAUGAGAAUUCACACAGGAGAAAAACCCUUCAUCCCCAGUGUUGGUGAUCAAAGAUUUGUCUGGCAAUCUGAUUUAAGAUUUCACGACAGUAUUGGCUCUCUUCAAAACCUAACAGAGGAGAAAAGAGCGGAAGAAACAGGAGCUGAUGGAGAUGACUGGAGAGCAUCAGAACCAGACAGGAACUCUGAUCCAGAGAGAUACUCACAGCCGGAAAUUGAGGUCAAGAUUGAAGACUCCUCUGAAGCCGAGUUUGAAGAUGAUGAUUGGAUGAAGGCCAGAGAUUAUCAGCAUUGUUUAAACUCAGAGAACUUCUGAGUUUCUUCAAUUGUAAUGAGCUGUUAUACUGUAAAUAGAGUGUAGUAGUACAUCCAGCUGGAUUUAACUCUCAAAGAGACAAAAACUCACACAGAGAAAGAUGAUUUUUUAUGUUGAUGCUGGCAGUUUAAGAUGGAAACACAAUAGUGAUAGACAAAGUUCUUUCUCUUAGAAUGACAGUGAAGGACACUGGAUGAAAAAAUCAUCCACUCUUAGACUAUAUGUAAACUAUGACUGAGUUGUGAAUAUUUCUUUGGGGAAAAAAACAAAAACAGUGAUAGGAAACUUUUUUCCACACACUAUUGUCUGUUCUUGCAAUUCCACAUUGGUAUUUCACGUCCACACAUGCUCACUAAUUUCACGUUGGUUCUCAGACCUUCCUCUGCUUGCUAUAAUGAUCAACUUGAUGAAGGUCUGAGUAACACAAGGAUGUGAAGCAACGAAGCAAAUCGAAGAAUUGUGUUUUGAUUGUUGAUCUCUCCUGUAUUCACCUGUCCAGGUGUGAAUACGUUUUGUCCUUCUAAUAUUUAUUUUAGAAAAUGUUACUCUUUUUGUGCAAUUGAAUAAUUUAUAAUUGUAAUGAACUUCACUUAUUUACUGUCUUACUGCCGUCUCAAAAAUGAACUUUUUCCAGGAGCGAUCACUGACCACAAGGUUUUCUGUUUUACUCUGCAGUGUUUGAUGUCUUGCUUGAUGUGUUUGACUUUUGUCUGUUGUGUUUACAAAAAGAGAGUUUGAUACUGAGAAGUUAAGACUGUUUAGAUGUAACUGUUUGAUUUUGACUGCAGUAUUAAAAUAUUUGAGAUAGUAGUUUGAAAACUGAGAUUUGUUUUCUGCGUUAAAAGAAAAGUGAGAUAAAGUUUGAGAAAAAAAUGUGUCUUAGCAGUUGUGAAAAACUAACAUGAAAGAAUCUUUUCAGACCAAAUGCCUUAUCUUGUUUUCUCUCUUUCUCCCACAUAUGUGCCACGUUUUCUUUUAAAUAUUUGUUUUAUUGUAAUUUAGUUUCUAACAGUGAU